AAAAUAAUUUAAUGAACUCAACGAAACUCGAAAUUACAAUCCCAUUUCCCAAUUUGAUUCUUACUCGGCCGCUCACCCUCACUGGAACGAUUGGAAUGCUCCUAAUCUGAAACGCCCAACUCCACUCUACUAUCCCUACGCUCCGAUCUCACAAAAAAUGGAACCCGAUGUAAGCAUCGAGACCUCCUGCAUGAUCCGGAUCGCCGUCCUUCCAAUCGGCGAUGUACCUUCUACUCUCCUUCGGGACUACCACUCCAUGCUACUGCGUCAUUGCACCAUCCCUCUCUCCACCAUCAGCUCCUUCUACACGGAGCAUCAGAAAUCCCCUUUUGCUCACCAGCCUUGGGAAACCGGCUCGCUCCGGUUCAAAUUUGUGUUGGGCGGUGCGCCGCCCAGCCCAUGGGAAGAUUUCCAGCCUCAUCGCAAGAUCCUCGGCGUAAUUGGCAUCUGCCACUGUCCUUCCUCGCCAGAUCUUGAUCUCGUCAUCGAUCAAUUCAAUGCCGCCUGGAGAGGUUACUCUUCUGUUCUCGUUCAACGCUGCUUCGCCUUUUCUCCUGGCGAUUCUCAACUGGAAGACACUAAGAAGAGAGAAAACUUGGUUUUGUUUCCUCCUUCGGACCGUUCAGCGCAGGAACUUCACUUACAGACAAUGAUGCAGGAUAUCUCUGCUUCAUUAUUGAUGGAAUUCGAGAAGUGGGUUCUUCAAGCAGAAUCAGCUGGAACUAUUUUGAAGACGCCUUUGGAUUCUCAAGCAACUCUUAGCUCUGAGGAGGUGAUCAAGGCCAAAAAACGGAGACUUGCUCGUGCACAGAAGACAAUAGGGGAUUACUGUUUGUUAGCAGGAUCACCUGUCGAUGCAAAUGCUCAUUAUUCAACUGCGCUUGAACUCGCAAGGUUGACUGCUGACUACUUCUGGUAUGCUGGGGCAUUGGAGGGUAGCGUUUGUGCCUUAUUGGUUGAUCGAAUGGGCCAGAAGGAUAUAGCUAUAGAAGAUGAGGUUAGGUAUCGCUAUAAUAGUGUCAUUGUGCAUUAUAGGAAAUCCUUCAUUCAAGAGAAUGCUCAGAGAGUUUCACCGCUUACCUUUGAACUGGAAGCUACUUUGAAAUUGGCCAGGUUUCUAUGCAGGAGAGAACUGGCUAAGGAGGUUGCAGAGUUGUUAACCAGUGCUGCCGAUGGUGCAAAGUCUUUGAUUGAUGCAAGCGACAAACUCAUAUUAUUUGUUGAAAUAGCUCGUUUAUUUGGUACUCUUGGUUAUCAACGAAAAGCUGCCUUUUUCUCAAGGCAGGUAGCUCAGUUGUAUCUACAACAAGAAAAUAGAUUUGCUGCUAUUAGUGCCAUGCAAGUGUUGGCAAUGACCACAAAAGCAUAUCGUGUUCAGAGUAGAACAUCCAUCUCAAAACAGUCUCUUUCCGAUGAAACUGAAACAGGUCAUGUUGAUAGUGGAAAAAUGCAUCAUCAAUCGGUAGUUUCACUGUUUGAGUCUCAAUGGAGCACCUUGCAGAUGGUUGUGCUGAGAGAGAUAUUACUAUCUGCUGUUCGUGCAGGAGAUCCUCUUGCUGCCUGGAGUGCAGCAGCAAGGCUACUAAGAUCUUAUUACCCUCUAAUCACACCUGCUGGGCAAAAUGGCCUUGCUAGGGCGUUGACAAAUUCAGCUGAAAGGUUGCCGUCGGGAACUCGAUGUGCUGACCCUGCCUUACCCUUCAUAAGGUUAUACUCAUUUCCUCUUCAUCCCUCGCAAAUGGAUAUUGUAAAACGCAAUCCAGCAAGAGAAGAUUGGUGGGCAGGAUCUGCUCCUUCAGGACCUUUUAUCUAUACACCAUUCAGCAAGGGAGAGUCAAAUGAUAAUAGCAAGCAAGAGUUGAUUUGGAUUGUUGGUGAACCUGUCCAGGUCUUUGUGGAGUUAGCUAACCCUUGUGGGUUUGAUUUAAGUGUUGAUAGCAUCUAUCUCUCGGUGCAAUCAGGGAAUUUUGAUGCUUUUCCCCUUAGUGUGGAUCUCCCACCUAAUUCUUCCCAGGUGAUCACAUUGUCUGGAAUCCCGACAUCUAUUGGGCCAGUGGUGAUUCGAGGAUGCACUGUUCACUGUUUCGGUGUAAUUACCGAACACCGUUUUAAGGAUGUCGAUAAUUUGCUUCUUGGAGCAGCACAAGGACUUGUUCUUUCUGACCCUUUCCGUUGUUGUGGUUCACCAAGACUGAGAAGUGUAUCUGUACCGAGUAUUUCUGUAAUACCUCCAUUGCCAUUAUUAGUGUCACAUGUUGUAGGUGGUGAUGGUGCCAUCAUUCUAUAUGAAGGUGAAAUUCGAGAUGUAUGGAUAAAUCUAGCUAAUGCUGGCACGGUUCCAAUUGAGCAGGUGCACAUUUCACUGUCUGGAAAAAACCAAGAUUCUGUAAUCUCAAUUGCCUAUGAAAAUUUAAAAUCUGCUCUCCCAUUGAAACCGGGAGCAGAAGUAACCAUACCUGUGACCUUGAAAGGUUGGCGACUUUUCUUGGGUGAGAGUGAUACUGCAGCUGGUAAGAAUGCAUUUGGAAGCAUGGGUAGAACUUUGAAGGAUGGAAGCAGCCCCUCAUUGUUGAUCCAUUAUGCAGGGCCACUAGGAGAUGCUCAAGAUAUUGAAACAAACAAAUCCUCUGUGCCCCCGGGAAGGCGUCUCAUUGUUCCAUUACAAAUCUGUGUUCUGCAAGGUUUGUCUUUUGUGAAAGCUCGUCUGCUUUCUAUGGAGAUUCCUGCACAUGUCGGUGAGAGUCCUUCCAGUUUAGCUAACAUGGAUAGCAAGCCUUUUGGUGAAGCUGUUGGCUAUAGUAAGAUUGACAGAUUGGUGAAGAUUGAUCCCUUUAGAGGAAGCUGGGGAUUACGUUUUCUUGAACUAGAGUUGUCUAAUCCAACUGGUGUUGUAUUUGAUAUUAGUGUCUCUGUUCAAUUGGAAAAGUCAGGCAAUGAGGACAACCUUUCUGUUGACUGUGCUGCUGAAUAUGGUUAUCCUAAAACACGAAUUGACAGGGACCAUUUUGCAAGGGUAUUAAUACCACUAGAGCAUUUUAAGUUACCUUUUCUUGAUGGUUCAAUUUUUUCAAAGGAUUUGCAGUCUGAUGGGUCUACUGCUGGUAGAAAUUCUAAUUUUUCAGAAAGGAAUACAAAGGCUGAACUAAAUGCUUCCAUUAAGAACCUUAUUUCCAGAAUUAAAGUCCAGUGGCAAUCAGGACGCAACUGCUCUGGAGAACUGAAUUGCAAGGAUGCUAUACAGGCUGCUCUUCAGUCUUCUGUCAUGGAUGUGCUAUUGCCAGAUCCCCUGACUUUUGGCUUCAGGCUUGCUAGAAAUGGUUCUGAAAAUGCCGCGAAACUUGAUUUACCAAAAGAAUCUGAUACAAGUAUCCAGCACAUUGCAUCAAAGAAUUCUGUAAUUGCGCAUGAUAUGACUCCCUUUGAAGUCCUGGUCAGGAAUAACACCAAGGAAACCAUCAAGAUGAAUCUUAGUGUUACAUGCCGAGAUGUAGCUGGAGCAAAUUCUAUCGAGGGCGCAAAGGCUACCGUCAUAUGGGCUGGUGUUCUAAGUGGAAUCACCAUGGAAGUUCCUCCACUUGAAGAAACCAAACAUGGUUUCUCCUUGUACUUUCUUGUCCCAGGUGAGUACACCUUGGUUGCAGCUGCUGUAAUUGAUGAUGCCAAUGACGUUUUAAGAGCUAGAGCAAAAAGUGAAUCAUCUGAUGAGCCUAUUUUCUGUCGAGGUCCUCCGUUCCAUGUCCAUGUCAAUGGGACUGCAUGAUCAAAUAUUCCCCACACACAAAGUAAACAUUGUGCUUAGUUUUACUUCUUUGACCGUUUCCCAAACCUACAUCCCCUUCCACUCCAAUACAAAAAAAUUCUUUGGUCUGCUCUACAAAAACUAGGGAUUUAGUAGUGCAUAUAAAUCAAGAUAAUAUGCUUUGUUUUGAGAUGAUUGCUUAUUAUUAUCUAUCUAUUUGGACGUGUUGUGAUUGGUGUUA